AUGUCUACAAUAAUAUACCCUCGAAUAUAUCUUCUGGGGAACUCCCCAAUAUCACCAUUAUUAGCUUACGAAAUAUCAAGACUCCCGACUCAACCAAAGGUACCUGACGUAGUCCUUCUACUUCAAGAUUCCAAAAAGUUACAAAGAUUCUUAGACAAUGAUUCCAAAGUGUGCAUUCAUAAACAAGACGGUACCAUAAAUGAACAGCAAUUCAUGGCUUCAUGUAACUUACCCAUAUAUUCCACAGGUGAAAUUGCUCAGAUUAAUAACUUAAUUGCAUGUGAAACUAGCUCUAAAUCUUUGACUUCAUCACUAUUUAAAUAUAGAAAAUCAAUUAAGGAUUCCACUAAUUUAUUACUGGUAAAUCCACCAUUCGGAUCCAUUCAAUAUAUCCUUGAUAAUGUUUGGAAAAGUAACGCAUCGAAUAAACCAAACAUUUUCAUUGGAAUGAAUAAAUUUAAUCAGUUGGAAACUAAAUUUGGUAGGCUAUAUAAUGAAUUUCAUUUAAAGUUACGAGCAAACUCACUGAAUUUAUUGAUCAGUCAAUUGCCAACUAAUUUCAAUGUUGGGGUUUCGACAUUAACGGAUCAUGAUGAAGAUGCAGCUGGUACUGGAAAUGAAUUGAUGAAGACCUUGAAAGAGACAGAAAGAAACUCAAGAAGAGAAAGAUCAGAUAGAACGUCAUUAGAGUUCCAAAUGGUACCGUUUGAGAAAUUGUAUCAAAUAAGAUUAGAAAGAUUAAUUGUCCAGAGCUGUAUCGAUUCAUUAUCAUUAUUGUACGAUUGUCAACUUAAUAAUGAAUUACUCCACAUUAUAGCACAACCCAAUAGUAUACUAAUGGACCUUUUAAAUGAACAGAUAAAUAUCCUGAAGAAAUCAUACCCAUUUUUGGAAAAUCAAAACUAUUCCAACAUAUUAUUAAGCCAGAAUCGUUUGUUCAAUGUGGUUGUUGGUUUAUUAGAAAAAAAUGCAACCAAGCAACCUAUGGUAUUACACUUAAAGAACCAACUGAAUCAAACGCCGAUAAAUGAGCUGACUGGUGUCUUUACAAGAUUAGCAUAUACCAAUAAUAUAAAUUGUAAAUGGAACAAAAUGGUUACUGAAUUAGUUAGGGGGAAAUUAUCUUUGUUGAAGAAAAGAUCAUUAAAUUAUCAUUAUCUAUAA